UGACUAUAUAACUUGAUGCCAAUUGUCAAUAAAAAAAUCAAUUUCUGUGGAUCAGUGUCAGAUGUCAUUACACCUGUCAAAAUCCUCAAGGCCACAUAUAUUUAUGUUUUUGUGAUGAAAAUCUGAAAUGUCAGUAAUCUACUGAAGACUGCACCGAAAUAAAGAAAACCUAAGGAGAAUACUAGAGGGACUACGUUGAUAUUUUGUUAUUGAAUUAUUUUUAUAUUAAAAUGGUCACUGAAUAUUUUGUGGGGAUCCGUGCGGAAUGCUCGGGAGAUUAUGGGACAGUUAAAUAUGCAGGUGCAGUAGAAGGAUAUCAAGGUUUUUGGUUGGGCAUAGAUUGGGAUGAGCCCAAUAGGGGCAAACACAAUGGCACGGUUAAAGGAAAGCACUAUUUUCAUACGAGAUAUCCAACUUCUGGGUCAUUUGUCAGGAGGGAGAAACUGAAUUUUGGCCAGAGUUUGAUAGAAGCUAUUACGUCCAGGUAUGGUUACAGGGAUAACGAAAUUGAAGCUAAACGGAACGAAGAGGAAUUGCACAAGAUACAACAAUAUAUGAAUGCACCUUUUUUGGAAUUAGUAGGUUUCGAAAAGGUGGCAAACAAGCAGCGUGAUUUCCAGUACCUAGAGAUCGUCAACGUGAGAAUGCAGAAGGUCUGUUCAGCGGGACCCCCGAGGGAGUUGAACAGAAUGUUCCCAAAUAUCAGAGAAAUUGAUCUGUCGAAAAACCUGCUGUGUUCUUGGAUGGAAGUUUUCAACAUCUGUUCUCAGCUCAAGAGUUUAUAUUGUGUUAACAUAAGUGAGAACCUUCUAUCAAUUCCUGAAAACUGCUGUGACUUCGUUUUUCCUAAUAUAACUGUUUUGAUUUGUGGCCACAUGGACCUCUCGUGGGAUGACGUUAUCAAGAUUUCAUCAGUUUUUCCCAACGUGCAAGAACUGAGAGUGCCUUUCAACCGGAUAACAGAUAUAACGGUGCCCCCCAACCACAAUUUCAAAAAGCUUCUCUAUCUGGACCUCGAGGGUAACUGCAUAGAGCACUGGUCGACGAUUGAAAAUUUGGCUGUGAUACAAUCUCUGGAACACUUGAACAUUGAAGACGUUAAGCUACAAAGGAUCAGGUUCAGAGACGAUUCGGUGCCUACUCAUGGAUUUGCUAAUCUCAAUCAGAUCAAUAUCAGUAAUAAUUUGAUUGCCGAGUGGCAGUCUGUCGGCGAACUGAACAAAUUAAACAAAUUAGAGCACCUCAGGUUCACCAGGAACCCUAUUCUGGAAACGGAGAAUCCUGCAACGAGAGAACAGAUAGUAGUGGCGAGAAUAAAAAAUUUGAAGACUCUCAACGGAUGUCGGAUUCUAGAUGAGGAACGGAGAGGAGCCGAAUACGACUACCUCAAAAAAUAUGGAUUGGAAUGGCUGAAAAGUCAGAACACAGCUGACCGAAAAAAAUUCCUAAGAGAACACAACCGAUUUCUGGAGUUGACAAACAAGUACGGUGCCCUGGAAGAAUCGGAACUAGUAAUCCAACCGAACAUUCUGGACACAGCUUUGAUAAGCAUAUCAAUCAAACAUGGCGAGAGAACGAUAAAAAGAAAACUACCACCAGCUCUUUCUAUACAAAAACUUAUUUUGUUGAUUCAGAAAACAUUCAAAUUACAAGACAGGCCCUGUCUAACGUACGUCAGUGGUCCCAAACAGGAGAUUAAAAUACGGCUGGAUGAUGAGAUGAAAGAACUUGGCUUUUAUUCUAUACAAGCAGGAGAUGUGAUAAUUGUUAAUUCUGAAAAUUCGAUAAUUUAUUAAAAAAAAUAAUAUUUUGUA